AGCCUUUAGGGCACAAACAGCUAUCCAUCACUGCCAAUGUACUUCAAAGGCAGCAUGCUUGCACGCCUCGUGCUGGCUCUGUUGACUUCGUCCGUGGCAUUACAUCAGCAUGGCCGGCACGGGAAGAUGGGUGGGAAUUCCAGCAUUGAUCUCCCCGUCGUGCACGUCGCGUACGCCACGACCCCGGACGGCUUCCCUGGAUUGCUUCACAGCAUGAUCUCGGUUGCUCGCAAUUUCCAGGGUAAGUUGUGCCAGAUCCACGUGAUCGUCGCGGAGGACCACAUCACGAAGGCUAGCGAAGUGCUAGCGUGCUUCGAGCGCGAUGUGGCCAAUCUCACGUCAGUCACCACGGCGUCCCUGCACGUGAUGCCGGCCCUGCCGUGGGACACUUCGCGCAUGCGCACCAGCGCGGAGGGCCUCGCGCGCAGCUGGGGCCACCAAGACAAGCUCAGCCAGCCCACCGUCUUCGCCCGCUUCUACCUGCACGAGAUUUUCCACGACCUGCCGAAGAUCCUGUGGCUUGACGUGGACACCAUCGUGACCACGGAUGUGACCGGCCUCUUCCUGACGCAGAUGACCACCCCGAUUGCGGCGCGCCCGAUCAAGAAGCAGAUCGUGGGCCACGAGUUCAAGGGGUGGUCGUGCACGAAAGACCUCGACCAGAAGCACCAAUUCACGUCCUUCAACACGGGUGUGAUGGUGCUGGAUCUGAACAGGUGGCGCGAGGGCAACUUCACGCACCUGCUCGAGAGGACGG